UCGUUCACUGCAGCAGAGUCUCGGUCUACGAAUAGCAAGCUGUUCUGAAGCAGACCACAUUCCCAGCCUUGAUUCAGAACCAUGUCGCUGGUAGAGACCAUCAGGCAAUGGGAUGAAGGGGUGGCUGCGGCAGACAAGAAGGACUGGCCAGCAGCCCUCCAACUUUUCUCUGAGAUACAGGAGCCCAACUCCAAAAUUUACUUUAACAUUGGCUGCCUGUGCUUGAUAAAUGGAGACCUAAACGCGACUGAAAAGGCCUUUGACAACAGCAUAUGCAAGGACGAACAUUUAGCUGUUGCCUUUUUCCAGAGGGGCAUAACGUUUUACAAAAAACAAAAAUACGAGGAGGCACUAAGGGAUUUUCAGAAAACCUUCCAUGAACUUCGGGGGAACCAGCUGAUAGACUACAAGUUGCUUGGUCUGUGGUACAAACUAUAUGCCUGUGAGGUCCUGCACAAUGUGGCUCUGGCUCAUGCACAGCUGAAUGAAUGGGAGAAGGCUGAGGAGAACCUGCUGAAGGCAUUAAACCUGAAGACUGAGGCCAAGCACAGCCACAUUGAUCGGGCACUGGGAUCCAUUUUGAAACAUAAGCUGUUUGAUCUGGUGGAACUGCCCAUGGGUGAGCUGUUUAGACCAAACAAACACCACGUGGCUCAGCUGGAGAAGAAGGACUACCUGGGCAAGGCCAAGGUACUGGCUUCAGUAGUCCAUCAAGAUGCAUUCUCAGGAUUUGCACCUCUUCAACCACAAGUUCAAUCAGUCCCUCCCAGACCCAAAACACCAGAAAUACUAAGAGCGCUGGAAGGGGAGCCUCAUCGCGUAUGCUAUGAGUUCUUCCCUGAAACAGCAAAGGAGCUGUCACUGCUGCCAGGAAACAUUGUCUUUGUGCUGCAGAAAGGGGCUGACAACUGGGCUACCGUGAUCUUUAACGGGAAGAAAGGACUGGUUCCCUACAAUUACUUGGAGCCUGUGGAACUGACACUAAGAUCAAAGAAAGAACAGGAAACUGAUCAGAGUGAAGAUAUCCCAAAGCCACCAAAAGAUGAACCACCAGAAAGACCAGCAGUUUUGGACUGCUCAACGCUAAAUGCAAAGGACACUGAAGACUCAAGCGCCAAGGAGGGAGAACAGGAGGAAUUAAAAACCUGCAUUAUUAAAGUGCAUUUUACAUAUACAGUGACCAUUCGAGUGAAGAGAGGACUCUCAUACAGUGACCUCCUAGAGCAGGUUUGCAAGAAACUGCAACAUCACCCCAGAGGAAUAACCCUGAGAUACAAGAAAAACGGCACCAGUGAAAAAGUGUGCCUGUAUGAAUCCGAAAUGGAGAUUGCUUGGAGCCAAGCCGAAAAGGGACGUCUUACUCUUUGGUGUGAGUUAACAGAAAACAAUGAAAAGUUGCCAAAAGAAGAUCUCACCCAAUUAGUUGCUCUUCAUUGCUAUAAGGCCACACAACCAGAGGAUCUGGAGUUCCAAGAAGGGGACAUUAUCACUCUCCUGUCUAAAGUAAAUGAAGAAUGGUUCGAAGGACAGUGUAAAGAAAAAGUGGGCAUCUUCCCAGCUGCAUUUGUUGAAGAAUACAUUAAAUGAAUACAGAAUAAUCUGAAACUGCUCAAGUUCCCCCACAAAAGGACUGUUCCUUUGCAUCUGUCUCCCACAAGUGAUAUCUUUCUCCAUAUCCUAUUACAGACUGAAACUUAUAAUAUUGUACUCCAAUCCAUUAUUAACAAUCAAUGUAUUAUCUUUGGUGAUGCUUUGUGUACUCCAUGUACUUCUUUAUUACUAUACUAUUUAAUGAGAAAUAAAUACAUAUUACGUUAAUCAUUUUGUUCUCAAAUGAAAAAUAAAAUACAUGGAUUUGAUCCACUGUUACUCAUA